AUGCCUGACAUUCACAACGUUGCCAUCAUCGGCUGUGGGUCGAUUGGUGCGUCUUGGGCGGCACUGUUCCUAGCCCAAGGACUCUCCGUUGUUGCCUUCGACAUCAACCCAGCCGCGGAGACUUUCCUCCGCAAUCUUGUCACCGACGCACUGCCAGUUCUGUCGUCAUUGGGGUUGACGAAGAAAUCGGAUGUCAAAGCGACUGAGAUCACGUUUACAACGGACAUGCGCGAAGCCCUCAAAGAUGCCGACUUCGUACAAGAAAAUGGGCCAGAAAAGCUUGAUUUCAAGCGAAAGCUAUUCAUGGAAAUGGCCAAAAUCAUCCGACCCAAUACUAUCAUCGCAACGAGUAGUAGCGGUCUGACAUGCUCGAGUAUUCAAGAGGGCAUGGGUCCCUCCGGGAGGCCGGAGCGAUGCGUGGUGGGCCACCCUUUCAACCCCCCGCAUCUCAUUCCCCUUGUCGAAGUUGUGGGGGGGAACAAAACUUCCACAUCGACUGUGGAAAAGACGAUGGAUUUCUACGAGCGCAUGGGGAAGAAGCCAGUGCAUGUCAAGAAAGAGGUUGUGGGCCAUGUUGCCAACCGACUACAAGCCGCGUUAGUAAGAGAGGUCAUGUAUCUUCUCCAGGAGGACAUUGUCAAUGUAGCAGACAUCGACAAAGCUAUGAGCUUUGGGCCAGGCCUUCGGUGGGGUGUCAUGGGUCCCAGCAUGUUGCUUCACUUGGGGGGCGGCGAAGGCGGGAUCAAGCAUAUGGCGGACCAUCUGUUAGGUCCCCUUAUGACUUGGUAUGCGCCCAAAGAUCCUGAAGUGACAGAUGAGUUGAAGCAAAAGUGGGUGGAAGGAACAAUGAACGGGGUUGCUGGGAGGGAGUAUCGGCAGUUGGCUAAGCAGCUAACAAUGGGCUCACAACCGCAACAACGUCUUUACAUCCUUGACACGGAUUUGUCGCAUCCUCGUCAAGACACGCGGGCCGGACGCAUAUUAUCUUGUCUUCCAGAUGGGAGUGACCUUCGAACGAUUAUUGAUAAUAUUGAUACUCUUCCGGAUGGCAUUGCCAUAGACCAUGCAAACGGCCACAUGUACUGGACAAACAUGGGAUCAAGCUUCAAAUCCAACAGCGGUUCUAUCGAAAGGGCCAACUUGGAUGGAUCUGACAGGAGAGUUGUUAUUCCUGUGGGAACUUCAGGUGUCUUCACACCGAAACAAAUCACCAUCGCGAAGAGAAGCCAGAAGCUGUACUGGUGCGACAGAGAAGGCAUGAAAGUCAUGCGAGCAAAUCUCGAUGGUUCUGAGGUUGAGAUUCUUAUUUCGACGGGGAAUACCGAGGCAGAUAUGCUAGAUCAAUCAAGGUGGUGCGUCGGCAUUGCCGUGGAUGAGCGGCGAGGCCUCUUCUACUGGACUCAAAAAGGUCCAUCAAAGGGCAACCAGGGUCGUAUUCUUCGAGCGCCGAUCGAGCCAGCUUCGGGCGCCAGCGUGUUGGUCCGAGACAUUGAAGUGGUCUUUGAAAAGCUGCCGGAGCCGAUUGACCUUGAACUCGACGAAGAGAUUAGUAUGCUUUACUGGACAGAUCGCGGAGAUCCCCCCACUGGCAACUCUCUCAACCGAGCAAAUGUGGAACUGGAAGGAAAGAUUGAGACUUUAGCAAUUCGCUUGCAUGAGACGAUCGGUUUGGCUUUGGAUAAGAACGCGAGCGUGGUGUAUGUGACCGACCUGUCUGGUGGUAUAUAUGCCAUCGAUAUCAACAAAAAGAAAAAGGCGGUUUUAUUCGCAGAAUUGGGUGAUACCACUGGAAUCGCUAUAGCAUAA